AUGCCUCCUAGAACGCCUGUAAGGACACUUUUCACGUCCAGGUUCCUUAACAAGAACGGGGACCCGGCCCUCUUGGCUAACGCCUUGGGCCUACUAUCACCCCGGAAACAUGAAAUCAACAAAACGCCAAACUAUAAACCGCUGAUCUUUAGACACUUCCAGAAGGGUGACGUUGCUGAAAACUAUGCUGAAAUCAAGCGGGAGCUUCUUCCCGAGAUGUCCAUGCCCCAGUUCACUGACCAUACAAAGCAGUUGAACUUCUUGAUUCUGGAUCUCCAGGCAGCAGGGACGAAACUGCCUUCGAAAGCGAGAGAUGCCCUGGAUAAGAAUAUGCUAAAACAUGUGCUGGCGCUUACAAACGAAGAUGAGCUUAUAGACCUUCUUUGCUUGUCUCUACAACAAAACAAGCUUACAUUUCCGCUACUCACACGGUUUUUGCUAAAUAAGCACUUGACUUUGCUCCACAGACUCCCGUUCAACAUAGACAACUUGGAUAGGAGUUUGCUUCGGAAGAACGGGUGGACUCAGCAGAACUUUAUGGAGUUUAACGUGGUGCUCAUGAAGAAGUAUAACGAUUUGAAGAAGCCUAUUCUGGUGGUGAAGAUCUUGAGACUGAAUUUUGAGGAGGUCUUCUUGCCACUUAUUCAGCUGAGACUCUUGCUGCCGUUCUAUGAACGUAUAGUGUGGCGCUUUUACUUUGAACACUACAGACAACUACUGCAUCCCGAGAGAGACGAGCAUUACUACGUCCAAUCGCUUAACAAUGUUCGGUCGACUUUCAGUAUAUGGGAGUCGUCGUCCAGAAAUAAUGACCUUAUCCUUAGAACUGCUAUGAAGGUACACACCAAGUUGAGUCCAUUGCAGAAGGCCUUCAUUCAACUCUGUACUUCAGGGCCUGUUCAGGAAGUAGUUUCCAAGCAGCUCGAAUGGAACCGCUCUAAGCUUCUUGCUGAGCUAAAGAAGAUAUCCAUCAGAUGUAAGGUGGCCAACGUGGGCUCAGCCAGUGCUUCAGAUAGUGUUGCAACCAGAGCUCACAUGUACUCUCUUAUUAAUGCUAUGGAUAGCUUGAUAAAGCGGGAGUUCCCUAACUGGGAAGAGAUCAAGGAUUUGGCCAACGUCAUGGACAUGCUCGUAUCUGUACGUCUGGAAAUGGCCCAGGCUGGACCAGAAGUGGAGAAUGGCAUGAUCCUAGCAUAG